AUGAAUAGAGAAGAAGACCUCACAAAUGGAUAUGUUCUCACUAACCUAGCUUCUAGGUUAGGUGCAGGGCUUUACCAAGAAUGGCAAAAGAGAAAAUCAGUAUUGUCAAGAGUUAAUUUUCAACAUUUUGCUGAGUUUAUCACGGAAAGGGUUCUCGAUUUACCUCCUGAUCUGAUGAAACCUGGUAGAACUUCAGAGCAAAAAAAAUCACAGUCAGCUGUUAUCACGAAAUCUUCUCGAGUCCUUUUACAUCAACCUGUUUCUUCAUCUGCGUCAACCAGCCCAUGUUGUAAGUGCCACAAACAACAUUCUUUGCUUCAGUGCGAAGAGUUUUUAGCUUUGUCCCCAGAUCAGAGGCAGAAAUUCGCUAAGGAGAACUUUGUAUGUUUCACAUGCCUGGACCCAUCGAAACACCAGUGGAAAGCAUGUGGGAAAAAAAGAUCGUGUGGUACUGACGGUUGCAACCGACGUCACCACCCGCUGCUGCACAUGACAUCAAGUGGCAGCAACUUCGAGUUAAAUUCAGCUGCAGUUCCGUUCAAUCCACAACCGCAUUUCCACUCAUCCCAUGUUGGAACCAAUGUCUCAAUCAUGUUCAAGAUAGUCCCAAUAAGGAUUUAUGGUAAUGGAGACUUGUUUGCGGAUACUUACGCUUUUCUAGAUGAUGGAUCAUCAUUGUCGAUGAUUGAGCAGGAUCUCUUUGUUGAACUUGGGCUGGAUGGACAUCCCGAACAACUAACGUUGCAGUGGAUGAAAGGGAUGUCUCGGAUUGAAGAUUCUAUACGUACUUCUUUGUCUGUGUCUGGCAUUAAGAGUCGUAAGCGGUAUGUAUUAGAGAAUGUUUACACCAUCAAGGAUUUAGGACUUGCUAGUCAGUCUAUUGAUGUUACCAGUUUACAAAGCAAAUAUCCCCAUCUUCGAGGUCUCCCACUUUCUGAUCUGGUGAAUGCUCGUCCGAAAAUAUUGCUUGGCUUGGAUCAAGCAAAAUUCUUACUAGGCCAUGGUCAGCGUCAUGGCAAGGAUGAAGAACCUCACGCCUUAAAGACUCUCUUAGGCUGGAUCGUGUACGGCAAAUCAGUUCCAUCGAUGAAUUUGUCUAGUUUGAAUCCGGUUUCGAAACCAUCUAUGAACCUCAUGUUCCAUUAUGCUAUUAGGGAGGAAGUUGACCUUCACGAUCUUGUUCAGCUCCAUUUUACCACCGAGGAGUUUGGUGUCAUGCCUCCAAAGGGUGAAUUGCGAAGUCGAGAAGUCAGUCGUUCCUUUGAUAUAAUGGAACGGUCAUUAAAAUUGGUAGACCGGCAAUAUGAGAUCGGCCUUUUGUGGGACUCUAAUGACGUAAAACUGCCUGACAGUUACGAUAUGGCUUUUAAACGUCUUAUUGGGUUGGAGAAGUCCUUAAGGAAGAAGCCUCAUCUACUGGAAUGGCAAAACAAUUAUUUUCGUGAUUUGAUCUCUAAGGGUUAUGCUAGAAUAGCCUCGAAGGAAGACCUGGAGAAGGAUUGGCCUCGGGUUUGGUACGCGCCAACCUUUAUAAUUGUAAAUCCAAAUAAGUUUCCACCAAAACCCAGAUGUGUGGCAGAUGUGGCUGCAAAAGUCAAUGGUAUAUCGUUAAAUACCCACUUGAUGAAGGGCCCAGACAACCUAGUCCCAUUACAUGCUGGACUUUUCAAAUUCAGGGAACGGCAAGUAGCUGUGAACGCCGAUGUGCGUGAGAUGUUCCACAGAAUCCGAAUAAAGUCUGAAGACCAGCAGUGCCAACGCAUUCUAUGGCGGGAAGGAGACACCUCUAGGCAACCGACUGUUUACAUCAUGGAGGUCAUGAUGUUUGGCCCUAGAUGUUCUCCAACAUGCGCGCAGUAUGUUAAAAAUCACCAUGCCAACCUUUUCAAACUUGAGUGCCCAGAAGCCGUGGAUGGAUUGACUAAACGCACGUACGUCGAUGACUAUUUCAAUAGCCAUAACUCAGUUGAAGAAGCUAUUUCUGUUACGAGAGAUGCUAUUCGUAUUUGCCACACUAUGAAUUUUGAUCUCGUUGGCAUACAAUCAAAUAGUCGUGGCCUUUUGGACCAGAUGCCGAAGGGUUAUGUCAAUUCUAAGUUGGUAAGCAUUGAUCCUAACGAAAGCGAUUGUUUCUUUUCUAAAGUUCUAGGUAUGUUUUGGCAUCCAUCCACUGAUCACUUCUCAUACAAACUUUCGGAUGAGGAGACAAUGAAAGAAAUGUUAGCCGAGGAUGCUGUUAUUUCAAAACGACAGAUGCUUAAGACCAUAAUGAAGAUUUUCGAUCCUCUUUGUAUUGUAUCAUUGUUCAUCAUCCGUGGACGGAUUAUACUUCAAGAAGUAUGGAGAGAAGGGUAUGAUUGGGACGAGCCAGUGUCACUUCAUUUGCGAAGCUUGUGGUUGAGCUUUAUAAAUGAUCUAAAGCAAAUCGAAAAUAUCAGAAUUCCUCGACGCUACGUAAUGUGGAACCCUGACGAUUGUAAAGUAAGUCUCAUAGUUUUCGUCGAUGCGUCAGAAAAGGCUUUUGCCGCAGUGGCCUACUUUCGUUUUGCUCGCAAUGAUGAUGUUAAAGUUGCACAGGUCAUGGCGAAGGCCAAAGUUGCACCUGUAAAACAAUUAUCGAUACCUCGUUUGGAGUUACAGGCUGCUGUGCUGGGUGUUCGAUUGGCAGCCACCAUUCAGGAGUCACAUACUAUUAGAAUUGACGAGUUGUUGUUUUUAUCUGAUUCGAAGACUGUGCUUGCAUGGAUCAAUUGCACCAGUAAAUUACCCUCCUUCGUUGCAUCUCGAGUAGGUGAAAUUCUAGAGUCCACUUCUUCGCGUCAGUGGUUUCAUAUCGGCUCUAAAGAUAACGUGGCCAAUGAUGGGACAAAACGAUUCGAGGCAUCAAUGGGAGAUCAAAAUACAAGAUGGUUCCAAGGUCCAGAUUUCCUAAAACUCUCAUUCAAGGAAUGGCCCAUCACACCUUGCAUAACUGCGUGCAAUUCUGUGAGAAAUAAUAGUAAAGGCACCUUAUUAUUGCUCCACGUUUAUAAUCGAAAAAGUUACUAUGGUGCAUAUAAUUUGUUAUCCGCCAGAUUUCAAGCCAGAUGGUCUUCCUCCGUCAGAGUCAUUGCAUUUUUGCUACGGUUCAAACGAAUCCUUCAGAGAAAGAAAACCGAUAGAGAAGUUUUUGUUACGCCUAGUGAGUUUCGUCAAGCCGAAGACUGGUUAUUUAGGAAGAUCCAAGAAGAGUCUUUCUCUAGUGAUAUCACUUUUCUUAGGUCAAGUGGUAAGGUCGGCUCUUCAAGCUCUAUCCUGAGUUUGUCGCCGUUUCUUGACGAGGAUGGUACAUUACGACUUAGUUCGAGGGCUCAAAAGGCAAAUUCUUCGUAUUCAUCCCGAAAUCCAGCAAUACUACCCAGCAGACAUCCACUGGUCAACUUGUUCAUCGAUUAUCAUCAUCAAAAGAACUGUCAUAUGGGAACUGCCACUGUUAUUUCUGACAUUCGUGAAAGCGCCUGGAUAAUCAGCAUUCGAGGAGCCGUUGAGAGAGUGCGAAAGGCAUGUUUUAUGUGCAAACGCCUCAAGGCAAGAGCGGCUGUGCCGCUAAUGGGGCAGCUUCCCAAAGCUCGCUUAGCCUUUGACUCCAGACCUUUUACUCAUGUUGGAGUAGAUUGUUUCGGCCCUUUGUUGGUAAAAUUUGGUCGAGGUACUGUGAAACGCUACGGUAUGAUUUUCACCUGCCUUACAUUCAGAGCAGUGCAGAUAGAGUUGUUGAACGACCUAAGUUUGGACCAAUGUACGAUGGCUGUUAGACGUUUCCUUAUUAACCGAGUUGUCACCAGAUAUUUCUAUAGUGACAACGGUCUUAACUUUGUGGGUACAAAAAAUUUAUUGGAUAAGGAUGCUAAAGAGAUGGAAGUCUCCCUCUGUGAAUAUUCGUCAAGGCAGGAGGGUGUUUUAUGGCGCUUUAUCCCGGCCUAUUCUCCAUGGAUGGGCGGGGCUUGGGAACGUCUUAUCCAGUCUAUCAAAAGGAGCAUCGAUUUCGUCCUUAAAGGUCUCGUUCCUAGAGAAGAUGUUUUGCGGAACGCCCUCAUGGAGGCUCAGGGCCAGAUAAACCGACGCCCGCUAACACACAUUCCGGUUGAUCCUGAAGACCCGAAACCUCUUACUCCGAACUCUAUGCUCUUCGGGGAAGAUGAUCGAGACGUUACGGCCCCUGGAAUAUUCUCGGAAGCAGAUUUUUGCAGCAAACUUUAUAGUCGCCGAUGCCAGCACUUGAUGGCUCAGCUAGUAAGGCGCUGGUACCGCGAAUAUCUGCCUGUUAUCACCAGACGGUCAAAGUGGUUUAAAGACACGAAACACGUUCAGAUGGGAGACAUCGUAAUCGUAAUCGAACCCAACGAAAUACGUUCAGCCUGGCAUUUAGGUCGUGUCAUUGAGAUUUAUCCGGGACCAGAUGGAGUUGCACGAAUGGCUGACGUGAAACUAUCUAACGGAGUUAUAAAAUAUAAGCGUUCUAUUGGGAGACUCGCUGUGUUGGACUUGGAGUCUUCAUCCUAG